AUGGCUACAAUAUCCGAAUUAUCUCUGCCUCAACUUGAGAACAUACUCGAAGGCCAUUCAGUAGGUAUCAAUAUCGAGUGCUUUCACGAUAGUUCGAAUUCAACUCAUUCUCUUUCUCCAGGAAGAAGAAGGGUUCUAGUUGCUAUUAUCGUUUUCGAAUGCUUCCUCGCCCCAGUCAAUAUUUUAACAGGGAUGAUGGCAUCAGAAGGCGAAGGAUGGAGCCUUGCAUUUGUCUGCGUCUUCCUCCUCUGGCUCCUCUUACUUCCUAUCGGUCUUAUUUUGAACACUGGAAUGAAUCCCCUGGGGAUUUUGGACAUCACCAAGAGCACGCUCUGGCAUCUGGGAUGCUGUAUACUCAUGUUUUACUUCUUCUCGUCGGUUCUUCAGAUAUCUUCAACUCUUCUUCUUCAAUGGAUUCCGACAAUCCUGGACUCUGGACUUGGUCUUAGUUUUGGCAUACAGAACUUACCAACAGAUUACAUGUAUGGCGCGAGGGACUGGGCAAUGAACCUGGUUGGCAGCCUGUGCGGUGGUGACCAGCCAACUUUCCGGCAUGAAACACAUAUACUACCAGUUCGAUCUCAGUCAUAG